AUGGAGAAAAUAUUUGAUUUAUUGGGCUGCACCGAUGAACAGAGGAUAACUUGUGCCGGCUUCCAACUUGAAGGGGAAGCCGAAGCUUGGUGGAAAUACGAGCACGAAACUCUCAUGACCAUCUAUCCCAAGCUUUCGUGGGAUCAAUUCAAGGUGGCGUUUUAUGAGAACUAUUUUCCUAAGAACUUCAGGGAGAAGAAAGAGGCUGAGUUUAUGUCCCUCGUUCAAGGAAUGAAGUCGGUGAUAGAGUACCAACAGAAGUAUGAAGAAUUGCACUACUUCACACCUCCUCAUCUUUGGGACGACCAAGGGAAGGCAAGUAGAUUUGAGAGGGGUCUGAGGAACAGUAUUGGGGCCAUAGUGGUGACUCAAGGCCUUUAG